GAGAACAGACCAAAACAGCUUUCCCAGUUAUGGAAACUACUCCGUACGUUUACACACACACAAGUGUGAAAGCCGGAGUAAAUUUUCCCUUCCUGGCUCAGCUGGACGCUCUUCUAACUCUGCACUCGAUACUAACUCUUGACAAACCAUAAACAACAUGAUUCCAUCCACUAAACAUUUUAGCUCAACUGCAUGGGUGUCCUCUAACUUCCUGCAUGCUGCUUGUGUUGUAGACUCUGAUUUGCAGUGUUAGUAAAAAUGAAUGACUCAGUGUCAAACACUGAGUCUGUUAGAUAAAUCCUUUUGUGUCUCUUCCUGCGUCUCUCUAACUAAUCCAAAAGCCUGUACCUGUUAUUCUCUCUUUUUUCCUGCAACGGAUCAAAGAUGAUGUCUAAGAAGAUCCCCCAGUGCUCUGCAGUGGAUCAUUCGGAGAACGAUCAGCCUCCCAGCAAUUGUCAGGCGGACCGGUCCGCGAGCGCAUCACUGGGGUAUAGGAUCAAGGCCGAAUCGGGUCAAAGAAACGGAGAGACGGCGUCGUCGUCCCCGGAGAGCGGCAGCUUGAACGGAGAUGGAAAGCGCAGCGGGAAAAGCCGCCGCCGCAAGAAACGCUCAUCCAACCCCGAGAGUCGCCCCGAGGGGAAGGUCGACGGUAGUAAGACCAAGAAUGAGGAGAAGCCAGACAAAAAGACCACCCAGCCACCUGACCCCCGUGCUGGGCUGAUAGGCCUGCAGUCCGAGUGUGCUAAUGUGUGGUUUGAGCGCAGCCUCUAUGAGCGAGCCGAGAGCCUCUACCAGUCCUGGUUGGCGAGCUCCUCCAAUGGGACCACCCAAUCCAAACGUUCACCUUCAGCCCCAGGGAAAGCCUCAAAGUCCCCACCCGCUGUGGCUCCAUCUUCCUCAGGACCGGCGUGCCACCACGGCGAUCAGGUGGCCUGCCACCAUGUCGUUCAGGCCGUGUGGGUGAACAAGACGUCCUUUGACCAAGCAGAACGCCGCUUUGUUGAAGAAUCCAUGCUGUCCAUUCCAAACUCUCUGAACCUCCCAUUGCAGCCUAACCGCUCCAUCACACCCAGAACGCCCGACGAAGGUUAUCAGUCUCUAGCUCCGACUCCUGCAACCCCCGUCAUCCAAGAAGCAGCUGCCACUCCAACCAAUAGACAGUCGAUUAACGGGCUGCCCCGCAUUCCCGUGGAACUGCUCAGAGAUGUGUGGCUGGAGAAGCCGCUGUACGACCGCGCCGAAGCAGCCUUCUACCAAAACCUGUACGGUAACAACUCCAAACGGUCCAGCUGUGCCUCCACUACCAGAAGUAGCGACCACCCUCAAAGCCUUGUAGAAGAAGAAGAAGAGGAGGAGGAAGAUGAGGAUGUGGCGGCAGCAGCAGCGGCGGCGGAAAAACGGGUGGUCCCACCGGGUAAAGCAGAGGUCUUCCAUGCUCUGCUCCCCAUUCAGGAGGAAGAGGAGCCAGCCGAGGUCCCCGAGAAGGAAGAGGCGGCAUCGGGCUCCGGAGUCCGCUACUUCGUCCACCCCGACAGCGAGCGGGUGUGGCUGGACAAGUGGCGGUAUGACGCUGCGGAGAGCCGUUUCCAUGGUCACAGUGGGCGUGAAGAGGUGGUGGUGAAGAAGGGUCGGAGGCCGGAAGCGGCGUCAGUCGCCUCCGCCGCCCCACUGAGGGACAACACCAUGAGUUCAUUGGACUUUCUGGCCCAGGAGAAGAUCUGGUUUGACAAAACUCGCUACGACGAGGCAGAGAGACGCUUUUAUGAGCGCGUGAACGGCCCCACGCAACCAACACAGGAUGUUGGCGCUAACACCAUUCUGCAAGACAUUGCCCGAGCCCGAGAGAACAUCCAGAAAUCUCUAGCAGGGCUGAAGAAAACACUGUGUAACAGACCCUCUGCUCAACCUCCUCCGAGCCAGCAGUCUCAGCUUAGCAGCAGCAGUGCAGCCGAUCAAGGAGAAAUCGUCUCUCGCAUCAAGAGCCUGGAGCUGGAGAACCAGAGCCUACACAAAGUGGUGGAUGACUUGAGGGCUGCACUUUCCAAACUGGAGUGUCGGGUAGCCGUUUUGGAGAAAUCUCCCGCUGCUGUCACCCCGGCUCCCGCUCCUUCAGUUCCGUACACAAACGGCACUACCGUCCAGCAGAAGAGCAGCGCUCCUGCUAAAGAGGAGGAGGAAGACGACGAUGACAUCGACCUGUUUGGGAGCGACGAAGACGACGACGAGGCGGAGAAACUCAAAGAGCAGAGGUUGAAAGAGUACGCAGAGAGGAAGGCCAAGAAGCCCGGCAUCAUCGCCAAGUCCUCCAUCCUAUUGGACGUCAAACCUUGGGACGAUGAAACCGACAUGGUGAAGCUGGAGGAGUGUGUGCGCUCGGUGCAGGUUGACGGCCUGCUAUGGGGCACGUCCAAACUGGUUCCUGUGGGUUACGGCAUCAAGAAGCUCCAGAUCGCAUGCGUGGUGGAGGACGACAAGGUGGGAACAGACCUGCUGGAGGAAGAAAUCACCAAGUUUGAGGACUACGUCCAGAGUGUCGACGUGGCAGCUUUCAAUAAGAUCUGAGUCCGGUGUCUCUCUCUGUCUUUCGUCACGUCUCGUUUCUCUGCUGAUUGUGUCAAUGGUUAACAAUAAUAAUAAAACCCAACUCUUGCACUGAA